AUGGGGUGCGCACAUUCAAAGGAAUCACCACAAGUUGCGCAAACCCAGCGAAUACAGAGAGUUCUAUCAUCAAAAAGUGGUCAGCUUGUUAAACUAGAUAUGAAUGACCCUAUGACAGAAAUUUUAAUUCAAUUCACGACAAUAACAGAAGGAGUAGAGUCGAUAAUAUGUCCACCAGGCAUGGUACCUAUAGCUAUAUUAGAACAACAGUGUUUUUGUAUCGCAACUGCAGCCCUUACUAUUAACGAGGAUGAGCAAACCAACGUCAGACUGCCAAUUAUAGCCGCUUCUAUUGCUAAGCCUGGUAAACUUCUUUGCUUAGGACAUAUUCAGAUGCUUUCUAACUACUAUAUCUCGAAAAAUUCAUAUUCUACUUUCUUCCAUAAUUUAUUCAUAUGGUUAACAUCGAAACAGCUUUUAUCAUCAAAUGUGUUAUUACUUAACAUCAACGAACGCUACGAGUCACAACUCGUGAAGAUCGUCCGUGCACUCGGAUUCAUCGUUGAUAAGGGAGAUUUCAAAAAAGACUUUUCUCGAUAUAAUUUGAUUAUUUGCGCUAGUACACUCAAAAUGACACCAGAAGAAAUGGAUAAAUUUUUACGUUACGCAAAUAACGGAGGAUCGAUAUGUUGCUGCUAUUGUCCGUCGUUCUCCACACAAGAAGAAUGCUUCAAUAUAAACAGCUUUCUGCUCGAAUUCGGCCUUUCUUUCAUGGAUUGUUCGAUCAAUUCAGAAACUUCAGAGCCGAUUAAGACAAAUAUACCAGUAACAUAUGAUUUGGUCAAAAAUAAGCCUCUGCCAUUGAUGGUGAACACGUUCAAAGAAAUGAUGGCACUUAAUAAUUUUAAUUCAGAAACAAUAGACGAUUUUGUCACCGAACUUAGAUAUGUUUGCUUAUCAUGUAAAGGCAGAUACUCUAAUGUGCUCUGUGACAUACUGUCCGCAUGCUGGGACUACUUAAAUCAGACAAAUAUCAGAAAUGAAGAUGGUUUCUUAGAUCCGAACAUCAUACAGAACAUCAUUAUCGUUUUAAUUAUCGAUGUAUACAAUCAGCUUCCUAUCGAUAAGCUCUCAGUCAUUCCAGAUUGUUCAACAUUUCCAGGUCUCGCCAAAAUUAGGGAAUUCAAGGAAUAUACUAUUGAAAUUCCUAUUCACGAGCAGACACUCCACUCAACCGGCCUCUGGUUGCCACCUGGUGUCACUGCAACUUGCAAAAUUGAAGAUAAUUUCACAGAUAACAUCGCAAUACAGAUCGGUGCGCACUCACAGUCGCUUGUAUCUCAACCUCCGCCAUGGAAGAGAUGGCCCCACGUUGUCAUGGCCUAUAAAGUCAACAAUGGAGUCACUGAAAUUUUCUCUCAAGUUGGCGGAAUGGUCUACAUCGGUGUUGCAGAGACAAGUGUUUCAUCCCUCAAGAUGACGUUCACGAAUUGCGCAUUAUAUCCAAGAGCAAUCCGUUCAGAUCCGAAAAUUUUCGAACAAACUCAAAAUUUUGACGUUCCUUGGUCCGAAAUUUCUGCCAACAAUGUCACAUUUGUCCUACCGACUGUGGAAUUCAAGAAGAUAUAUGAUAUGAAUGAAAUCUUCAAAUAUUACGAUGAUUAUAUCGAAAUUGUCGCAAAAAUCAUGAAUUACAACAUUCCUCGACCAUUUAGAGUUGUUUUUGAUGUGCAAACACCAGAUGAUCUGCCAGUACCAGGAUAUCCUAUUACUAUUCCAAUUGAUUCGAUUAAUAAUUUAUUUUAUAAUUUGGAAGAGCCAAAUUGCGAUUUAUUCGACUUGUUAACAAGUAUUGCAACAUCCUGUUUGCGAGAAGGAUACUUCGACUCAGAAACUGAGCGUGCUUUGAGUCAAAUUGUAAUUGCUCAAAUUUUUAUGGACAAAUAUGAUGGUUUUGAUGUUGAAAGCGACGAAAGCUUCCAAGUAACACAAUUGUUCCACGAAUUAUGGAGAAUUCAUAGAAAAAUUAAUAAUACCGCGCUAUUCCAGAUAAUUAGAGAGUCAAUGAGCCCUGAUGGACCUGAAUACUACGAUGAUGAAGAGAGAUGGACAGCUUUCACAAGAGAUUUGAGUCAUAUUACGCAAUUGAAUUUGACAAAGAUCUUUGAGAGACUAAAACGAAUCCCAUUGAACAUUAGUGCCAAUUUAGAGAUGUUCCCUGCUUGUCCUGAUGAUUAA